CAUUGUCCGGCUUGAUUCAAUCAUUCACCUUUCUGUAUAUUGACUCUCGUUGAAGUUCUCAUCAGGCUACUCAACAAGGCUUUGAUGAUGGAUGGCUUUCGAUCUGCUCAUGGAUGAAUGAUCGAUAGCUCACAAAGUGACCGUCUAGCAGGCCACCCUUGACCUCUUGGCAGAACGGUUUCCCAUCCUUGACGCGUGGGGACGACGAACUUCCUCGGUUCCCCAACCUCGGGUUGCAUUCUCCACCAUCUACCGAAGUUCUGGUCCCUGGUCCCGGUUCUUCACCAGGUUGCAAGAACUCAGACAACCAGCCUCUGUUUCCCGAAUAUCAAGAUAGCGAGAUCCUUUUGUCUGUCCAAUUAACACCUGAAAAUAGGAAUGAAAUUUUCGUCUUCUUUGACGGAAAAGCUCUUCACAACUCAGUUUUACGCAAUGGUUCCGCGAAGAUCGACCGAAGGUACUGACGAUAUCCAAAUAGUUAGCGUAAUUGGACUCCAUUUGCCCAGACAACCAUUUUCGUGAACCGGACCUUCUCCCCGGCAACGGCAUGGCCCUAGAACAACGGAAACCUUGCAGAGCCUGUUUUCGGGUCUGCAAUUUUCGGCAACCACUUUCCAUCGAGGAGGUCGCCAUGCAUCGGGACCGAAACCCCCUGUUCCAUCCUUCCAGAAGAACCAACUUUUGACGAUCAAGCUGUUUUCUCUGGCAACUUCCUGGUCAUGGUUUCAGUUUCCCUAAUGGAUCGCCGUCGAGACGGGAUUGGUCACUGAGUCGGCCCCCGCCCCUGCCGAUCUGAGAGUCGAGGCCGAAGACAAUUCACGGAGGAUGCCGGCCUGACCACAAAGGUUACGGCUGUCUCGCCAGGGAGCACAUCCCCAGCUGAUGCCGGCCCCGGAGUGGAUGUUCGGUUGCGGCCCGGAGCGGCUGACGGUUGCCAAGAUGAUCACCCGGAGCCACUUUCUACCACUUAGAUGGCAAUGCCCGUGCCCUCGUUCAAGAUGGAGACAGCGAGGUUUAGAUACCAAGCUGGCAGUAUAUACAGUAUCUGAUGCACCCGCCGCAUCACUCAAAACCUUUUGUUCAUCUCACCCCUGCGGAAUAUGAGUCCCCUUAGGGCAAAUCCACAGCUCAUGCCCAUCAUCCACUGUGGUAUGGCACUAGCCUGAUAACAGCAUGUUGCUCAGGCAGGAAAAGGGAACAAUCACAACUGGUGGGCGAUUAGAUAAGACAGUUGAUGUCUUGUCCCAGAGCAACGUUGCCAAGACGCGGGCCAAAAUCUGCAGGUCAUCAUGCACGAUUGCCCGCCAUCAACAGCCAGAAUCAAAUCCAGACCACACAGCUUCACAUCAUCACCGCCAAGCCAUGGAGGAUAUCGGAGUUGAAGCUCCCAAAACGCCAGAAGGCCCCAUCAACAUUGCAAGUAUAUCAGAGGAAGAACAACAUCCCUCCCUCCCUCGCCCCUGGUGAUGGGAUGACUCAGCAGCCCGCCGCGGGGUUUGGGUGGUUUGACUGGCCCUUGGCAAAGCACCUCAACUUCGGUGCUCAUUGCAUCAUCAAGACAACCCCAUACAUAUCUUCCACGAGACACGGUGACUCUCUCGAGGUCAGUAGCCACACAUCCGUUGUAGCUUGAUAGGCUGGGGCGGGGUUUACCCACUGAAUUAUGCUGGAAACAUGGCAUUUGCAAAUCGCUAACCAACGCCUACAUUGCGUUUACUGAGACAGCGACGAUGGAUGUCUUCCCGUGUUCUCGGGUCGGGCUGACAUUGGUGCUCAAGUGAGCCCUCAUUGCUCUCGAAUAUCUUACUCACAUGUUCGUGCCUUGCCGGUGUCACAUUCAGCGAUGACUGUGCUUUUGGUGUCGAAUCGAUUGGCCUAGCGGUCUCCCGUACGGUAGCCUCGACUUUGAGGUUUGAAACUGCAACUGAGGAUAUGUCCUGGUGGGUUAGCAAGGCAAGGGCAUCGAUUGCGCCAUCCACUCUGAUGCUCACUCGCCCACCGCACCCGACCCCGCCGCCUCUUCACCGCCUGUCGGGCCCGACGUCAACAGUCCAACAUUCCCUGCCUCUCUAGGAUAUGCGUAUCGAGCCUUCCUUGUUGCUUUUCCAGGUUGUUGGGACCUUUGAGCUGGUCUCCUGAUGUCUCAUUCUUCCUCCCGUCACCUUUGCUAGAAAGUGGAGUCCCGGCACUCUGAGCGGGACCUGUUACCUAAUGAUAAACACUCACGCCGCCCAUCUAUUAAUGUGAUUUGGGGCACACUCCAUCUGCAGCCUCCUAAUCACAUCUCCGCCAAACCUCAUCACCUAUAAUCCUUACACCUACGGCAUGGUUUGGUAUAUCCGGCGCAAUCCCGCAGCUGACGACGACUUCGGCAAUCCGGCGCUUAUUCAGGCCGAUACGCCCUCGGAUCGCAUCAUUUACAGCAUCUAAAAAGAUUGAAAAAGAUCCGAGGCGGUGUAUCUGUUCAAGCAUUUGAUCUCUUCCUUACCAGCCCAUGGUGUGACAGCAUUUCAAGAACUCAACAUCGACUCUUCUCAGUGUGGUCAUAUCAUCAGAAACUAGCCAUGACAUCUGAGUUGGUACACAGGCCUGGCUGCUGGGAAUCCAGCUACAACCAAAAAAGACCCAUAUCAUCACCAUGUCAAUGACCCAAGAGAAAACAGCCCAUUUCAACACAGACCAGACUCAGACAUUUGUGGAGGAGUCACCGAGGGUGGAUGACUUUUUUGAAAUUAGUACCUUCUGGCCCGCAAGUGCGCGAUAUCUGGUGUCUCUGUUUCGUUUCUCCUGGAUCGGAUACCUACAAUCCCUUCAAUGGCUCGCUGGAGAUCUGGUUGCUGGCAUCACCAUCGGCGCUGCUGUCGUAUUACCUCAAGGUAUGGCUUAUGCCAGACUGGCCAACCUGGAUGUUCAGUUUGGUCUGUAUUCGAGCUUUAUGGGUGUUCUUGCUUACUGGUUCUUCGCAACCUCAAGGACAUCACCAUCGCCUGUUGCUGUCGCGCCAUGUCAUUGCAUCUGCUCUGCACUCUUGGCCGGUGCCGUUGUGGUGUCCAUCGGGCUCAUCCGCUGCGGAUGGAUUGUCGAUAUUAUCUCGCUUACCUCACUCUCGGCAUUCAUGACCGGCUCAGCCAUCUGCAUUGCUGUCGGGCAAGUUCCAUCGCUGAUGGGCCUCAGCGGCUUUUCAACUCGCGAUCCGACGUAUCUUUGUGUUCAUCAACAUACUCAAACACCUGAAACACAGCGAGUAUGGAUGCCGCCAUGGGGUUGUCGGCACUUGCUAUGCUUUACCUUAUCAGGGAGUCUGCAUGUGGAUUGGGACACACUACCCAAAAAACAUCAAAAGCUUCUGCCUUCUUCAUUUCUGACGUUGAGGGUCGUGUUCGUCAUUGUUCUCUACACUCUGAUCAGCUACCUGGUCAACAGGAGCUUGCCGAGGGGUACAGCCAGAUUCAAAAUCUUGUUUGACGUUCCUAGAGGGUUCCAAAACGCGGCUGUCCCGGUCAUCAAUACCUCUAUUGUCAGCAACCUGAUGGGAUACUUGCCCGCUACUGUAGUGGUGCUGCUCAUCGAACACAUUGCUAUCUCGAAGUCGUUCGGUCGGGUCAACAACUACAGAAUCAACCCUUCUCAAGAAAUGGUAGCCAUUGGCAUCACCAACAUGCUGGGGCCCUUCCUCGGCGGGUACGCUGCAACGGGCUCUUUCAGUCGCACUGCCAUUAAGUCGAAGGCCGGCGUGAGGACUCCGUUUGCCGGCGUCAUCACAGCCUUUUGUGGUUCCCUCCCCGCCAUCUACGCCUUGCCGGCCGUGUUUUACUACAUUCCCAACGCGUCACUCUCUGCGUUCUGGCUCGUAUCACCAUUUGAGGUCUUGAUCUUUUUGUCGGUGUGUUCGUCACCAUCUUUUCGAGCAUUGGAGAAUGGCAUCUACACCACGGUGCUGCUCUCGGCAGCGAUCUUCUCUUCGGAUUUUGAGAUCGAAAGGCCGGUUCUUGGGCGUGUCAAGGUUCAAUCCAUGCUUGGAAAUCGCGUUAUUGGCAACGACAGGCAGCAGCCGGUACCCGGGUAUGGCACGUUUACCGGCUCGCAGGAGGCGCCGACACGCAACAUCUUCUUGCCUAUCACGCACGCGGAUGGGUCCAACCCCGAGAUUGAGCUGGACAAUCCGUAUCCCUGGCAUCUUCAUCUACCGGUUCGCCGAGGGGUUCAGCUACCCGGAACGCGGGAGCAGCCUGGAGCACUUGGUGGAACACAUUUUGCGCACACCGGCGGACGAACCUGUCGCAUUUCGACCGGCCUGGCGAUCGGCCUGGAACGUUUCCCGGCCCGUCAGGAAGGACAUGAAGGCGGCGGCUGCGGCCGGGGUGGACGCGGGGGAUCGUGGGGGUGGACCUUGCCGACGCUCAAGGCGGUGAUUCUGGAUUUCAGCUCGGUGAACCACGUCGACAUUACCUCGGUGCAGCAGCUGAUUGACGUGAGGAAUCAGCUGGACCGGUAUGCCAGCCCGGAUAUUGUCGACUGGCACAUUGCCUGCAUCAACAACCGGUGGGCGAAGAGGGCGCUGGCGGCGGCGGGGGUUUGGGUACCCGGACUGUUGUGCCGACGGGCCGCACAGGAGGUGGAGGAGCAUCUUUUCUGUGGCGGAGAUUGGGGGUCGCACAGCGGGCUGCGGCGGCCGGAGGUGGAGGUGAACGAGAAGGAGAUUGCGAGGAGCAGGAGGCAGACUGCUGCUGAUGUGGAGGUUGGGAAUAAGCAGCAGAAGCAGCAGCAGCAUCAUCACCGUGGGCCAAAUGAUCCUAAGAAGGUUGGGACGGGCGGGAGUGAGAGUGUUCCGAGAAAACCGACGGUUACGUUUGAGCAUGCGGUUCUUUCUUUUGCACCAGAAGAGGAUGUCGCUGGGGCCGGAGCCACAGUGGGCGGACGGUGGUGGCGCCGUGCAUGGGAUCAAUCGGCCGCUGUUUCAUAA